CCUGGACACCAUUAUGAGUGAGCAUCGUCUCAAAACGCGUUAGAGAAUCCGGCCCACCCCCCUGCACACACAGCUGCAGCAGGAAGGAGAAUCGGUCUCCAUGUCUCCAAUCAGAACCUCACGCAGCUCUGAGCUCAAAGCACUUAAGGGGGAAUUAUACUGAACUAGAAGGGCACUUGGAGAAUGCAGAUCUCCGUCGAGGCCAAAGGCCACAUAUCACAAUGUAAUGAAACUAAAUUCACCACACUGCCCCGUUAGUCUAACUGGCACCAAUGUUCGCUAAAGUGAAACUAAACUCACCAGUCCCACAACCUGAAACAGCCUGCUUGGCAGAUGUGAAAAUAAAAGCACAAUGUUGUCUGCAUCUUCACCAAUCACCAAUCAGAGAGGAUCCAAAGCAGCUGGUGCCAUGUGAUUGGUCGAAUGGCUCCGCUGAUAGCAAUGUGAUUGGAGAUACUUGGGGAAAUGAACUUGCUACUACUAGCCUCGAUUAGCCAGAAUAAGGCAGAGAAAGAGAAAUGUCCGUAUGAUCAGUCAGUUGUGUGUGUCUGUGUAUAGUCCCUUUUCUGCGUGUGUGUGAGAGCUUUUCUGUAUCUUUAUGUGUGCGAGAUUUAACCGUCUCUGAUGACAACUCAUUUGUACUACCCGUGGAGAUGUACCUGCCAGAGAGAUUACUGUGGAGCCAGACCGAGGGGCUGCCAGACCGAGGGGCGAUGUGAUGGGGAGCCUGGACUGGGGUGGUCGUGAGGAGAUUUCCCUGGCAACACUGUGGUUCUCAGAGGAGAUUGCCCUGGCAACACUGUGGUUCUCAGAGAAGAUUGCCCUGGCAACACUGUGGUUCUCAAAGGAGAUUGCCCUGGCAACACUGUGGUUCUCAAAGGAGAUUGCCCUGGCAACACUGUGGUUCUCAGAGGAGAUUGCCCUGGCAACACUGUGGUUCUCAGAGAAGAUUGCCCUGGCAACACUGUGGUUCUCAAAGGAGAUUGCCCUGGCAACACUGUGGUUCUCAAAGGAGAUUGCCUUGGGAAUGCCACAUUUCUUGGUGGAGACUGCCAUAGUGGGGUUGGUCAAAGUAGGGUGCCCAGGCAGUCAUAGUGGUGUAUGUCGGCGGAGAUUGCCCAGGUGUGGUGGUGUGUGUCGGCGGAGAUUGCCCAGGUGUGGUGGUGUGUGUCGGAGGAGAUUGCCCAGGUGUGUCGGAGGAGAUGCCCAGGUGUGGUGGUGUGUGUCGGAGGAGAUUGCCCAGGUGUGGUGGUGUGUGUCGGAGGAGAUUGCCCAGGUGUGGUGGUGUGUCGGAGGAGAUUGCCCAGGUGUGGUGGUGUGUCGGAGGAGAUUGCCCAGGUGUGGUGGUGUGUCGGAGGAGAUUGCCCAGGUGUGGUGGUGUGUCGGAGGAGAUUGCCCAGGUGUGUCGGCGGAGAUUGCCCAGGUGUGUCGGAGGAGAUUGCCCAGGUGUGUCGGCGGAGAUUGCCCAGGUGUGUCGGAGGAGAUUGCCCAGGUGUGGUGGUGUGUGUCGGAGGAGAUUGCCCAGGUGUGUCGGAGGAGAUUGCCCAGGUGUGGUGGUGUGUCGGAGGAGAUUGCCCAGGUGUGGUGGUGUGUGUCGGAGGAGAUUGCCCAGGUGUGGUGGUGUGUGUCGGCGGAGAUUGCCCAGGUGUGGUGGUGUGUGUCGGCGGAGAUUGCCCAGGUGUGGUGGCAGCAGGUCUUCACGCUGGGCAGCACAUGA